AUGUUUGUUAAAGUUUGUCUAAUUUUUUCUUUAGUAUUUUUCUACAUUUCUGAAUCAACAAAAGAAAAAUCAUCGAAUUUAGACAUUGAAACUCAAUGGCAGUUAUUUAAAAAUCAAUACAGAACUGGACAAAACUCGUACAAAUCAGUAACCGAAGAAAAAUUUCGACAUACUAUUUUUGUUGAAAACUAUUUAAAAAUAGUCAAACAUAAUUUUGAAACUGACUUCGGAUUACAUGCUGAUAGACUUGGUGUUAACCAAUUCACUGAUCAAACUGAUGAGGAAUUGUAUUCAACAUAUACAAUAAACUUCUCGACAUUGCCACCAUUACCAAAAGAAAUCAAAUCUUUCAGUCAAAUGGAUACCGAUCCAAUUGAUCCAAACAGAAUAUUGCCUAAAUAUUUUGAUUGGAGAGAGAAAUAUGUUCUAACACAUGUUAAAGACCAAGGCCAAUGCUCUUCUUGUUGGGUAUUUUCAACUGUUGCUGCUUUAGAAAGUCAUCUUGCUAUGAAAACAGGAAAACUGAAUGCUCUAUCCGAUCAGCAGGUGAUAGAUUGUACACCAAAUUACACAUGUAAAAACGGCAAUUUUAUGGAAACUGCACUACAAACUGUUAAAGCAUUAGGUGGUAUUGAAACUAAUGAAAAAUAUCCUUAUGUUAACGGUAAAAUUGGUAAAGUUGGUAAUUGUCUAAAAUUAGACAAACCAAAUAGAUUUUUUGCAGAUAAUUUAAAAGUUGUAAAUGUUGCUAGUAAUGCACUACAUAUGCAAAUAGCACUGUUAGAUUAUGGUCCAUUAGUAGUAUAUAUACAUGUAUAUGCAAAUUUUUUCAAAUACAAUAGCAGUACUAUAUAUGAAUCUGUAGAUUGCAAUCAACCAAUUAAUCAUGCUGUAACAAUUGUUGGAUUUGGAGAAGAAAAUGGAAAACCAUAUUGGAUAGUCAGAAAUUCAUGGGGAGCUAAGUGGUGUGACAAAGGUUACAUCAAAAUUCUGCGAGGUUCUAAUAUGUGUCGUAUUGAGAGUACUCCUAAAUAUAUUAGUAGUUAA